GCUGCGCCGGCUCGGGCAGGACGGAGCCAUGCUGGGGGCGCUGCGGCUGCCGCGGGCCGGCCUGGCCCCGACCCUCCUGCGGCUGCGGCGCAGGCACACACAGCGUCUGCUGCCCUGCUGCAGGCUGUGCUCUGCCUCGGCCCUUCCCAACGAGAGGAUCCGCAACAUCGGCAUCUCGGCGCACAUCGACUCGGGCAAGACGACGCUGACCGAGAGGAUCCUCUUCUACACGGGCAGGAUAGCACAGAUGCAUGAGGUGAAAGGGAAGGACGGGGUUGGAGCUGUGAUGGACUCCAUGGAGCUGGAGCGCCAGCGAGGAAUCACCAUUCAGUCUGCUGCCACCUACACCAUGUGGAAGGACACCAACAUCAACAUCAUAGACACCCCAGGCCAUGUGGACUUCACCAUCGAAGUGGAGCGAUCGCUGAGGGUCCUGGAUGGAGCUGUCCUGGUGCUGUGUGCUGUGGGAGGGGUCCAGUGCCAGACAAUCACUGUCAACAGGCAGAUGACACGUUACAACGUGCCCUUCCUCACCUUCAUCAACAAGCUGGACAGGCAGGGCUCCAGCCCAGCCAGGGCAGUGCAGCAGCUCAGGUCCAAGCUGAAGCACAAUGCAGCUUUUGUUCAGAUUCCAAUCGGGCUGGAGAGCAACUUCCAAGGAGUCAUAGACCUGGUGGAGGAGAGAGCAGUGUACUUCGAUGGGGCACUGGGGCAGAGCCUGCGCUAUGCCGAGGUCCCCGCGGAGCUGCGGGCGGAGGCUGCGGAGCGGCGCCGGGAGCUGAUCGAGUGCGUGGCCAACGCUGACGAGCAGCUCGGGGAGAUGUUUCUGGAAGAGAAGAUUCCUACAGCUGCUGAGCUGAAGCUUGCCAUCAGAAGAGCAACACUGAAGAAAUCUUUCACCCCAGUGCUGGUGGGAAGUGCUUUAAAGAACAAAGGAGUGCAGCCACUGCUGGAUGCUGUCCUGGAGUAUCUCCCCAAUCCUUCUGAGGUUGAGAACUAUGCUACACUGAACCAGGGGGAUUCUCAGGAUGGCACCAGGUUCCUCCUGAACUCUGCUCGAGAUGGUUCCCAGCCCUUCAUAGGCUUGGCUUUUAAGCUGGAGGCUGGUCGCUUUGGGCAGCUGACCUACAUCAGGGUGUACCAGGGCAUGCUGAAGAAGUCAGACUACAUCUACAACACCAGGACCGGCAAGAGGGUGCGCGUCCAGCGCCUGGUGCGGAUGCACUCCGACACCAUGGAGGAUGUAAAUGAAGUCUAUGCAGGAGACAUCUGUGCCCUCUUUGGGAUCGACUGUGCCAGUGGGGACACCUUCACUGACAAAACAAGUACAGACAUCUCCAUGGAAUCAAUCCACAUCCCUGACUCUGUCAUCUCAGUGGCCAUGAAGCCUUCCAACAAGAACGACUUUGAUAAGUUCUCCAAGGGCCUGAGCCGCUUCACCAGGGAAGAUCCCACCUUCAGGACCCACUUUGACAACGAGAGCAAGGAGACCAUUGUGUCAGGCAUGGGGGAGCUGCACCUGGAGAUCUAUGCCCAGCGCAUGGAGCGAGAAUACAGCUGCCCCUGCACCAUGGGGAAGCCAAAGGUGGCCUUCAGGGAGAGCAUCUCCUCACCUGUCCCGUUUGAGUUCACACACAAGAAGCAGACAGGUGGAGCAGGGCAGUACGGCAAAGUCAUCGGUGUCCUUGAGCCCCUGGAUCCGCAGGACUACACCAAGCUGGAGUUUGAAGACAGAACCAUUGGCACCAACGUUCCCAAGCAGUUUGUGCCUGCUGUUGAGAAGGGGUUCCGAGAUGCCUGUGAGAAGGGGCAGGUGUCAGGGCACAGGAUCUCCGGCGUGCGCUUCGUCCUGGAAGAUGGAGCUCACCACAUGGUGGACUCCAAUGAGAUUGCCUUCAUCAGGGCAGGAGAAGGAGCCCUGAAGCAAGCCAUGGAGAGCGCGGCCGUGCGCAUCCUGGAGCCGGUGAUGGCGGUGGAGGUGAUGGCGCCCAUCGAGUUCCAGGGCGCGGUGAUCGCGGGAGUCAACCGGCGGCACGGAGUCAUCACCGGGCAGGACGGCACCGGAGACUACUUCACUCUCUACGCCGAGGUGCCACUCAACGACAUGUUUGGCUAUGCCACUGAGCUGAGGUCUUGCACAGAGGGGAAGGGAGAGUACACGAUGGAGUACUGCAGAUACCAACCCUGCUCCCCCAGCGUGCAGGAGGAAAUCAUCAACAAACACCUGGAAGCCACAGGGAGGCUCCCUGCCAAGAAGGGCAAAGCCAAGAGCUGAUGCUGAGCCUCCUGCUGACUUUGUUCCUCUGGAGCACACUUGAGACCCUCUCCUGCCCUCGAGGAGAAGCAGCUCUGGAGCCUGUGAAGUGCUGCUCGUGAGAGAGCUUUGCUGGACAGAUACUGAAGAGCAGCCUGGAGAGGGCAGCUUCCACCUUCCCCUGCACCUCUCGAGGUGUGGCUGCUCCAGCUGAGGUUGGCUUUUCACUGUCAGGGCUUUGGUUGCUCUCCACCCCCAAAAUAAAAGUAAGUAAUCAUUACA